AUGUCUGAUAUUAUCAGAGAACCACGACUAGAAGCAACCAAAUUCUUCAAGUAUCAGAUAGACAAGAAUGCACUUUGCAUUCACGAAUUUUUUAAGUGUGUGUCUGCCUCACAGUGGUCACUAAGUGCCUUUGUCAAGCACAUUGCUAAGUUGGAGACUGGGCUGAAUUUUGAACAACUCUUCAAAGUGUUUGCUAAAAGUCUGGAUCAAAUUCACGAGUUACUUGUUGUUCCAAUUUGUGUUCGAACAUUUGCUCAAAACUAUUUGAAAUGGCUGGAGACGUGCACGGGCAAGGCAAUAGUAAACGAAUGCAGAGAAUAUUUUUUCGCUAAAGUGACGUUGCAAGAAAAAACUGAACUAAAAGACAUAUUCAAAGAUACGGUGAAUGUUACUGCACAAGCGAAGGCAUACCGCGCAUAUAUCACUGCACCAGCUGUGCCAACAAAGUCAAGCACAUCUUUCUCGAAAGAUCAACUCUCGGAGUACCACACUCAGCAAACAGACGGGACAUACACAGGUGAUGAAUCUGACCGGGGUACUGACGAAGAUGUUCAAGAAAGGCACAAUGAUAAGGUAGACGAAGAAUUAAUAGAAGCUUCCACAGAGAAAAAGCGAAAAGACGAGGAUGAUGUGACAUCGACAUCACCUACAAAAAGGUCUAGAUCACGUUAUGAAUCACCGUACUCGCCAUCUUCAUCUGAAAUGGAAAUAUUACCUUCGCUAACAACUGACCCUCAGAUUCAACACGAACAGACUCAACAGGCACAUACUCCCGAACGACAUAUUAUUACUCCAGAAGAUAAAGAGGAAAAAGAGAAUUCUCUUUAUGAUACUUUCCCGGUUCACAUUCAUAAACGACCUGAACCAAAUCCUUUUCUAGUUGGAAAUCAGAAUGACCAUAAUAUAGACGAAGAGGGUGAUGAAUUCAAUGCAAAUUUAACUAUUGUCGGUGGGAAAAGCACUGAUUGGAUUAUUAGUGGGAUUAAUAUCAGAGAAAAGCUAACGAAUUAUCAACUUGAAGUAAAUCCACCUAAAACCCAUCCAGAAUAUUAUGACAUUAUUUUUUUCAAUUUAAAUGACGAAGACAAUUUCCUAAGAACGUUAGACAAAGGUAUUGUCGCGCAGAUGCGUAAGGAAAUAAAGAUGGCAGAAGUAAACUCGAAGAACCAAGAGAUUAAAUUUUUUAUGAAAAAUAUUAUUGAUCGCGAUAUUAAGAAGACUAAAGAAAAUCUUAAUCAUCGAAAUGCUGAAACAAUUGACUCAUUUGAAAAGAGGUUCACGUUGCAUUUUGUGAGCCAUAUGGUAAAAGUGAUAGAAGAUGUGAAUUUGUUCCAUGAUCCUAUGUCCGAGGGGACCUAUAUCGUAAAAGUUCUGGCACCCAUUCUUGAUUACUUCUUUGACAAAAAGAAAAAAGAUUGGCGUGUUUCAUAUGGAGAAACUUGCCUCAAGGCAAGUGCGAAAGAUGUUAAUUCCAGUAAAAAAGAUGAUGAACGCCGAUCUUCAGGAAAAAAGAUUGAUACAAUUAUUUGUAUGAGAGAAGAAGAUAAAGAGUUCUCAGUAAUUGAAGUCAGUGGGCCCCCACUGAAAAAUGAUUGGACACACUUCAUGGGUGAUCGUAUGAAGAUCAUGAAGAUGUUGAAAACUUUAAUGAAUCAAUUCGCCAUACUCAAUCCAAGCUCCGAUAUCACAUUAAUCAGAUUAUUUGGGUUACAAGCUUAUUUAAAUGAGUUGACUAUAUAUGAAUUCAAACUAAAAUAUACCGAGGUUUACACUACAGAAGCAAUACUGACAUUUUCUCUACCUAAAACAUGGGCAGAUAUGGUGAAUGCUGAUAAAGCUAUAAUGGGCUUGUUGAAGUAUGAGCACUUAUUAUCUGAAAGCUCAAAAACUAUACAAGAUUUUUUGUGGGCCGGUGAUGGUAUGAUUGAAGCUAUUAAGAUGACGACCAGAAUGAUUCACACUCCUGAAAACACUGAGAAAGCUAAAAAUAUUAAAA